UCUCUCUCUCUCUGUGUCUCUCUCAUCUCUCUCUCUCUCUGCUUCUGAAAGUCUUAAUAGCAUCAGUUACUAUAUAUUAACAGUGUAUGGGCACUUGUGAAAAUAGGCGUAUUGCUAACACAGACAUGGCGUUUCAGGACCACCACCACCACCACCAUCUCUCCCAAGAAUUGCCCCUCCACCAUCCCAACUACUCCGAUCACCCCCACCCCUCCGUCUUCCGCUCCCUCCUCCCCGACCACCACCCCUCCACUGAGGAUAAACCACCAGCGCCUCCCACCAGCACCACCACAUGGUUAAACAGCUCCACCCUCCACCACCAGUGGCUCCCCACUCAAAGUCAACCCAGCCCCCCUACCCCCCCGGACAACAAUGAUCACAUUCAAGACAGCGCCGGCGGCGGUAGGGAUAAUAGUGGUAGCAACGGCAACAACACCAACUGGGAGAGAGAGAAGUGCAAGGCGGAUAUUCUGAACCACCCCCUUUACGAACAGCUUCUGUCGGCGCACGUGUCGUGCCUCCGUAUAGCUACUCCGGUGGACCAACUGCCGAGGAUCGACGCUCAGCUGGCACAGUCGUCUCAGGUGGUGGCUAAGUAUUCUGUUCUAGGACAUGGUCAACAGCCCCUUGAUGAUAAAGACCUCGACAAUUUUAUGACGCAUUAUGUUCUAUUGCUCUCCUCCUUUAAAGAACAACUGCAACAACAUGUCCGAGUUCAUGCUAUGGAAGCAGUCAUGGCUUGUUGGGAGCUUGAGCAAUCUUUGCAAAGCUUGACAGGGGUUGCACCAGGUGAAGGUACAGGAGCAACCAUGUCUGAUGAUGAUGAGGACCAGGCAGAUAGUGAAACUAACUUGUUCGAUGAAAGUCUGGAUGGACCAGACAGUAUGGGAUUUGGUCCCCUGGUGCCCACUGAAACAGAGAGAUCCUUGAUGGAACGGGUGAGGCAAGAAUUAAAACACGAGCUUAAGCAGGGUUAUAAAGAGAAGAUUGUGGAUAUCAGAGAAGAAAUAUUACGAAAAAGAAGAGCAGGAAAACUGCCGGGUGAUACCACAUCAGUCUUGAAAGCUUGGUGGCAGUCACACUCCAAGUGGCCUUAUCCAACGGAGGAAGAUAAGGCAAGACUAGUGCAGGAAACGGGUUUGCAACUGAAACAGAUCAACAACUGGUUCAUCAACCAACGGAAAAGGAACUGGCACAGCAAUCCUUCAUCAUCAUCGUCUCAGAAAAGCAAGCGCAAGAGUGGUGCAGGUGAUAAAACAGCCAACGACCGGUUUGUGUGAAGAAAAAUUUGAGAUUCAAGUAACAUACCGAUGUAUCCUUCUUCAUAUUCAUAAUCACAUGAUAGCAACAGCGACAGCCUGCAUGUCUGGUUAAGACUGGGAAACGAAUGGAAGACUUGCAGCACCGUUUAAAGGUACGUACUUCUGACACUGGCAGAGCCAGUCGACGAGAACAUGGAGUCAGGCGCCUAUUCGAAAUAGCUUAUAUAUAUAUAUAUAUAUGCUUUGGACCCUUGAAAACGUACAAAAGCUACUGUAAUAUAUCAGUUUAUGGUGUUAAAUAUGAAGCGUAUACGAGUAGGAUAUCAGUUUGCAAAGUUUUGUUUAGUUAUCGAUUGUAGUUUCUGGUCUGUUUAUCUGUUGUGUAUAGAAUGUGAUGCUUAGGAUUUGGCUGCAUGAGUAGAUCAUGAAUCAAGUGAACCAGUUGAUCUUGCUUUUAUUGUUUCUGUGGCUAUACUAUCUGUAUUCAGAAAUCAACCUUCAUCA